AUGGAGUAAGAUAGUAAUACCAUCCUUUCAUCAUCAAAGGAAAGAAGGAUUAAGUAUUUUAGAAUUAUCAUUUAGAGUAAUUUUGAUUGGAGAUUAGAGUGUCGGUAAAAGUACACUUCUUGAAUAAUUACUUAAUGUUGAAUCAAAAGUAAAUGAUAAAGAAAUCUAAACAGUUGAUUUUUUCAUUUCUCGUGUUAUUUUACCUGAUAAUUCAGAAUAGAAAAUAUUUAUUUGGGUUACAACUGGAGAAAUCAAAAAUAUGUAAUCUAAUCAUUAUAAACAUAGAAAUCUUAUCAGAGCCUUUUUAAUUAAGAGUCAUAUUUAUGUUAUUGCAUUUUCUCUUAAUAAUCCAGUUUCUUUUGAAAAUGCAGUAAACACUUGGUUUGCAUAAUGCUAUAAAAAUGCUAGAGAAACAAAUAACUAUUAUUAUUUUAUUGGCACAAUGAGUGAUAAAGAACAUCUUUGUGGAUCUUAUUAGGAGAUUAUUUAAAGAAUUGCAGACAAAUGUUAAGAACUCAAAAUAGAGAAAAAUGCAUAAUAAGUUCCAUUUCCUACAGAUAAAGCUUAUAUUAGAUAAUCAGCAAAAUGGAACGAUGACAAUAUCAUUGAAUUUGCUAAAAAUAAAUUACCUAAUAAUGUGUAAGAUUUACUUGAUUUAUUAGAUUUUACUCAGAAACAUCAGCUGUUAUUAAAACAGGGAUUGAAAGAAGUUCAAGCAUUUUUAUUAGAUUAUUAUAAACUGCUGUUAAGUAAGAGUAUGAAAAAGAUGGAAUAGAACCUAUUAUUGUUUCAUCUAGAACAGAUUCUAGGUUUUCUAUGGCAUAGAUGCAAGUGCCAAUUCCAGUAGUUUUGCCAACAUCAUCUGCAAGAUAAUCAACUUAGACAACAAGUUUAUAAGUUAGUAUGAUAAAAGAGCCUGUUCCAUUCUUAUCUUUUGAAUAAAAAGAGUCAAACUUGUCAUCUAUGGAUGAAGUUAAGAAGGAAUAAAAAUUAUGUUGUAUGAUUUAAUGA